AUUCUUCGAGGGAUGUUAUGUGCAGAUUUGAUAGGCUUUCAUUUCUUUGAGUAUGCACGGCAUUUUUUAGUUGCAUGCAAGCGUUUAUUAGGAUUAGAGUAUUCUUUUAGACGAGGAGGUCUAUUAGCAAUAGACUGCGGGGGUCGUAGCGUCUUCGUUCGCAUCGGACAUGUGCAUAUAAUGUAUAACGCACUCAGUGAAGCUCUUCAGAACUCUCAUUGCUCUGCUCUUGCUGACAAUAUCAGGUGA